AUGGAGGAUCACCUGUCCAGGAUAUCCAUGCCGUCCUCAUCCACCUCCAGUGGGUCUCCAAGGAGCAUCGGCUCAGAGGACAGCCGCGGAGAGAAGAGCCCCGUCGCAGGCAAGUCCCUGAGCUCCGCCCUGCUGUGCAGGGUGUGUGGCGACAGCAGCAGCGGCAAACACUACGGGAUCUACGCCUGCAACGGCUGCAGCGGCUUCUUCAAGCGCAGCGUCAGGAGGAGGCUCAUCUACAGAUGCCAGGCUGGCUUGGGCACGUGCCCAGUGGACAAGGCUCAUCGGAACCAGUGCCAGGCCUGCCGCCUCAAGAAGUGUCUGCAAGCUGGCAUGAACAAGGAUGCGGUGCAGAAUGAGAGGCAGCCCCGCAGCACGGCGCAGGUGCGCCUGGACUCCAUCGAUAUAGACGCGGAAAAGGAGCACCUGGCCACCACGAGGGAGCCCACCUCCUCGACUGCCUCCGUCUGCUCCGUCAUCACCAAGCCCCACAUCAGCUCCGCCAUCAGCUCCUCCACCUCCCUGCAGCACUGUUCCAGCCCCCAGAACAACCACCGCUUCAUGGCCAGCCUGAUGACCGCCGAGACCUGCGCCAAGCUGGAGCCCGAGGACGCGGACGAGAACAUUGACGUGAUGAGCGGUGAGCCGGACAGGGCCUCGGACUGCCGCAUGUCCCUGUACCCACCCAACAGCCCGGAGAACGUGUACGAGACCUCAGCCCGUCUGCUCUUCGUGUCCGUCAAGUGGGCCAAGAACCUGCCCAUCUUCUCCAACCUGCCGUUCCGCGACCAGGUGAUUCUGCUGGAGGAGGCCUGGGCGGAACUCUUCCUGCUCUGCACCAUCCAGUGGUCCCUCCCGCUGGACACCUGCCCCCUGCUGUCCCUGCCUGACCUCUCCCCCAGCCUGCAUGGCAAGGCCAGCCCCGCAGGCGCCGACCUGCGCCUCCUGCAGGAGGUCUUCAACCGCUUCCGGGCCCUCGCCGUCGACCCCACCGAGUUCGCCUGCCUCAAGGCCAUUGUCCUCUUCAAACCAGAAACUCGUGGUCUGAAAGAUCCGGAGCAGGUGGAGAACUUCCAGGACCAGUCUCAGGUGAUGCUGGGUCAGCACCUCCGGACACACUACCCGAGCCAGCCAGCCAGGUUUGGGAAGCUCCUGCUGCUCCUGCCCUCUCUGCGCUUUGUGGCAUCGGAGCGGAUCGAGCUGCUCUUCUUCCACUCCACCAUCGGCAACACGCCCAUGGAGAAGCUGCUUUGCGACAUGUUCAAGAACUAG